CUGACAGGCAUAAGGCGUUUGUAACGACCUCACGACCAAGUCGCGAUUCCUCAGAGAUAUCUUCGUAUCACAAUGAACCAGACUUCCAGAGCAUAUACCUUGCUGGUCUUUCUAAGCCUGAUAAGCAUUAUUGCUGCCGGAUGUAGCUAUCAAGCCCCAGCCUUUCCAUUACCAGACUACGACAAUGUACCUCCACAACUCCUCGAAGCCUUUACCAAGAUCGAGGCAGCACUUCAAGACACGCUCUCCGAUCCAAAGUUCAACACCUCAUCAUACUCAAUCGAAGUAACCUCCUCCCACAAAACACUAUGGACUAGCUUCCACACUGCCCAAUACAGGAACGAGGAUCGACCUGGAGCAAAGCACAUUACAGGCGACAGUGCCUACCGCAUCGCGAGCAUCACCAAGGUCUUUACGGUUCUCGGCAUCCUCAAGCAAAGCGAGGCUGGGAAUUUAAGCCUCGACGACCCCGUGGAUAAAUACCUCACAGACCUGCAACAGACCCAGACAGGGUCCAUCAAAUGGAAAGACAUCACAUUACGGUCUUUGGCUAGCCAACUCAGCGGCAUUCCGCGAGACUGGGCCCAAGGGGAUCUGAGUCUGGAACCAAACAUUCCCUCAGCAUUGGGCCUGCCUCCUGCUACAUCUUCUAAUCUCCCCCACUGUGACUCCUACGCAGACUUCCGACCAUGUACCGAAACUGAAUUGAUAGACUACGUACGCUCCAGCGCUCCCGUUUUCUCACCAAAUCAUAAAUCCACGUACUCCAACAUCGCAUUUGAGCUGCUGGGAAUGGUCAUCGCCAAUGUCACGGGCACAACAUACGAAGAGUAUAUCGAAACAGCCAUCUUAGCACCGUUGGAUAUGAGUGGGACCAGUUUUGCGAAACCACCGGACUCGCGCGCCGUCCUGCCAAAGAAUGAGAGCUGGUACUGGGACGUCGAGGCCGGUGUGCAGAACCCUACAGGUGGAUUAUACGCUUCCUCGUCCGACAUGUCGAUGUUUUUAAGAUACGUCUUGACCCACUAUGGCUCUGUCACGCCCACAGUGAACUGGCUGCAUCCCGCAUCGUUCACCUCGGGCAUGUCUUCCUUCUAUGGUAUGCCAUGGGAGAUAUUUCGAACCAAUAAAAUCCUUGCAAACACACGCGACCCAGCCGACACUGGCACAACCCGCACCGCCACAUUCUACACCAAAGGAGGCGGCUUACCAGGGUACAUCACCAAUAUCCUCGUCGUGCCUGAAUAUGAUCUUGGAAUAACGAUUCUUACGGGCGGCGGCACAGCGUUACUUCCCCAGCUACGCGAAAAGGUGACUGUGCCUCUUAUUCAGGCUGCUGACAACAUCGUUCAAAGCCAGGUUGAGCAUUCUUACGCCGGAAGAUACGUGGUGUCAGAUUCGUCACGCCUGAACUCCUCAUUUGAGCUCAUAUACACCCCCGACCGAGGUCUGCAGAUCGACAGCUGGAUAUCAAACGGCACUGACGUCCUAGCUGCUUUACCUGUCACGUUUCACGUCUCGCCUACUCUCUUCCGCUUGCAGCUUGUACCGACGUUCCAACAUCGCGGACAGAGCAACAAUAAUGCGAAUGGAGAUGCAUCUGCCGAAUUCUGGAGGUUUACUCCCGCCAUGAAUGCCACAGAAGGUAAUAAUGACGAAGGUGAGAUCUGGUCAAAUUUCUGCUCCAGUGAUAUCGAUUGGAUGAUUUAUGACGGUAACCCGUUCAACGAGAUCACAUUCAGGAAUAAAGACCGCAGUGGACGUUACAACACUGUGGAAAUAACGGCGUACAAGAUCUCGUUAACACGAUCGACGAUCGACGAGUCCAUUAAAACGAAACUUGAGGGUAAAACCCUGAUGGUUCAAGAUCUCUAG